AUGCCAUGCUCAUAUCAGCAUCGGUUGCGAAGUAUCGGAUCCUCCCUCGCAAGCAAGCGAACAGCAGGCGAUUCGAGUCUGUCGAUAUUCUUGACCUCGCGCUCUCGACGCUGACUCAAAAGUGCUCGACUCUGACGGCCGCGUCGUCCUCUCGUUCCUUUUCGGCAACGACUACUUUGGAGGGAUCAAGGGGUGGGGGUUCAAGGCACCAAUCAGGGUGCCGAUCGAUAACCCUCUGUUUCAACUGAACUCCUUUCUCCGCGAUUACGACCAUGCUCACGGACGACUUGCCCGUGCGCCGCCAAUCAACGCCCCGGCGCUCUCCACCGACGACAUUCGUGAACUCUGCGACCAUAUCCGGGCCGUUCGACAAUUGCACUUGUUCGCAUCCGAUGCCUUGUUCGACAAGAACGAACUCGUCGACGACCCCACCGCCAACCUCAGCGCCGACGCCGCCCGUCGCGCGAUCACCGCAGCUGGCGGCAGCAACGUCCAACUCAGCAAGAAGAAGCUCUUUGAGAAAGUUGUCAAGAUCGAACGUGUAUCUCCCCUGCUGCCCUCCGCCUUCCCUCGCAACGCCAAUCCCAAGCAUGGAGGUCACCACAGCAUCAGCGACACCAAAGCCAAGUUCGACACCAAGGUCGCAACACGGUGCGAGCACAACUUUGCACGGGAGAGCAAGAAACCCGCUCGAACGAUGUCCGCCCCGUCAUGCGCCGUCAAGGGAGAAGUUGCAUACUCACCGCUCAUGUUGGAGGGACCCGAGGAUCUGCUUCGUCGCGAACCCGUCGUGUCGACUUCGAACAAGGCCAAGCAGAUCGCGACGCCCGAGUCAGCGGCUCGGGUCGCCCGAACGGCACCAAAAGUCGCAGUCGACUCAUCCGAGGAGACGGCUCGAAGGGGCUGCCCCGGUGGAUCGAUCUAUCGAUACCGAAUCGUGACCACGCAACUCGACCCUGCCUUGAGGAACGAUGUUGGGAGGCCGGUGGCCACUUUGGGUCGAUGA